AAGUUGGGGUAAUGCUGCGUGCUUUCUAUAAUUCUCUAAAUUUCCUGUCGAAAAGAUUGUAAGGGACGGUGUACAUACAUUCCGAGCUCUUUGGCAUGAAUCUACACCUUACAAAUUAUCUCAAUGACCGCCUUUCUGUUAUCAGUCAUCGGAGAUGGGCACAACCGCCUUUCUGUUAUCAAUCAUCGGAGAUGGGCACUGGUACUACAAUAGUCAGAAGAAUGUUAGCCGUUACGUCUGCAACGUGCUUUUAAAAUUAUAUAAUUUAUAUCCUAGCGGGCGUCGAAAAAUUUAGCGGUAAACCAUUUUUACAGUGUAGAAAGUAUGGAGAAUGAUAGAGGCAGAGGCAGAGGCAGAGGCAGAGGGAGAUGGGGAGGAAGGGGUCGCGGCUUUCCCGGUGCUCAGAGAAGUAAUGAAAACGAUUAUAAUUGCAGAGGAGGAGGCAGAGGAAGGUUUGGAAGCUCAGGAAGAAACCAGGGGAGUGGAAGCGGGCAUCAAGUGGAGAAACACCCUGGCGAAAAGCCAUUAGCGUUAGAAGGCAGGCUGCAGGUUGGAGAAAUUUCGGCUUUGAUUGCGAAUGAGAAUUUUGGCUUCAUUAAGGUAGAGGGUGCUUCGCAGACGGUGAAGUUCAGACACGGUGAUGGUUCAAAAACCGACACAGGCCUUCUGGAUCUUGAGAUCGGCGAUGUAUUGCAAUUUACUUUGAAUGAUAAUGCGGAAAGACCCCGUGCAGCUUAUGCGCGUCUAGUGCAGUGCAGGCGGAGGAGCCCGGUGGUUCUGGACCGCUAUCUUCAUAAGCUUCUGUGUCUCUGUGAUGAUAGCCCCGGGAAAGUAGUGAGAGAAAUUACGAAAUGUCCGGUAGGGUUUCUUCUAGUGUUGGAGCUACGGCAGCCGCCGCAGGGCGUGGUAUGUCGUGUGUUGGUAUUGGCGGAUGUUCUGCGGCAAGAAGGCGCGGCUUUCUACGGUGCCAGAGUGAAGCAAUUCUUCAAAUUCUUCUGCGGCACCGAAUUUUUGAGAUCUCCGGGGGCAUUGAAGGAAUAUCUUUUGGAUCGGUGCAGAGAAGAAGAUGAAGAAGAAGGGUUGCUCAUCCACAAUUUCAUGCUCUGUCUUAUGGAGCAGAGUCCGGAAAGUGUCACCGAUCUCUUGCCGCUGAUUGAAUCGAUGAUGGAAAUCGUAAAGAGGGACAAUCUUGCUCAGUCUAGGUAUUGCGAUUAUGUUGUGGAGCUUCUGCGUUGCCAUGCUGGGGUUUACAGCUCAGCUGCCGAGGCAGCAGGGGAGAAAUUGCCGUGGGACAAAAUGCCGCUAGUUCCAGUCUCUGCCGAGAUCACAAGCAGUAAAUCCCUUCCUUUCGUCAAGAAGAAGGGAGGCUAUGGAUCUGUGGAUGAAUACCUCGACACAUAUUAUACCCUUUUAAGGGAAGACUGCUUUGCGCCCCUGAGAAAGGGCCUCGGUGAUCUCAGAGCAAAUAAAUUGGAUCCCAGGGACAUGAAAGUUUGGACCAACGGAUCCGUCCUAGGAAUCCAUUUUAGUAGAAGAAACCCUGGCAUAACUUUCGCAAUAACAGCUCAGAGACUCGGCGGUGAAGGACCCGUCAAACUUCCCAUGCCAGAAACCCUUCUCUGCAUAUCUGAUGACGGAGGAAAAUUUGAGUCUAUGACUUGGGGUGUGGUGGCCAGAUGCGAGGAGGACAAUAAAUCUCGAGUUAUGUUCGUGGAACCAGUGGGCGGAAAAGCAGGUGCGGGAGGUUCCUCGGCUCAAUGUAUAAACAGACUGUUGGGAGCAUCUGGGCUUGUUUUCGCUGAAAAUCCAACAUUUUACAAGGCGUAUGAGCUGGUCUUGAGAAGGCUACAACAGAUGGAGUGCCACAAUUUUCCAUUCCUUGAAGAGUUUGUGUACGCGAAAUGGACACACCAACCUGCGCAGUACCUUUCAAACCCGGCUACGACUGUGGAUUGGGGAUGCUUGUUUGGUGAGACUAGCGUUCGGUCUGGGGUUAAAGAAUUGGAUAAUUUAAUGAAAGACGGGUACAAGACCACUCUGGACGCAAGCCAGCUAAAUGCAAUCAGGCUUGCGGUAAACAACCGCCUGGUUUUGAUCCAAGGACCUCCCGGCACAGGCAAAUCGUUUGUGGGGGUGAGGAUAUUACGGAUAGCGUUAUCAGCAGAUACAUUGCCCGCGGGGCCUGCACUGGUGGUGACAUACAAGAACCAGGGUUUGGAUCACUUCCUCCUGUCUUGUUUAAAGUUCUGCCCAGAAGGUGUCGUGAGAGUGGGAGGCAGAAGCACAGAGCCAACCUUGGAAAGGUUCAAUUUGUUUUCAUUACUACGCAAAUCUGAUGAAUUCACACCAGAUUUAUUUGACAACACCAAAAAGCUAGAGCGCGCUCAAAGAGAAAUAGAGGAAGCUCUAAAGCAGCUACAGGGAAGCCGCGACUUAAGUUUAGAAUCGGUAUUGCGCCACAUGCCUGAUUUUCAAUUGAGGCUGAUGAUUUCACAAGGAAAUCAUGAUAGCACUCCUGAAUUAAUCCCCGAAGAGGUCAUUUCUCUUUCAGAUUUACUCGGAGAAGAUUCACAACACUCCAAAGAUUUAUAUCAAGUCAUCUCCCAAACUCUCAAAAACUGGAUGCCUAAUAAGAAAACAUUUAAAAUGAUACAGGAAUGCUUUUCUCGUCAGAAAACGUCCGGAGCACUGAAGCAGCUAACGACCAGAUGUGCUAUAGAUGAGACAGAUACUGAUAUUCUUGACGAGGAAAUUAAAGAUAACGGCAACGCAUUAGUAGAGCAAUUUCUGCAAGCUAAGCUCGAGGAAGAAGAAGAUUUCGAUGAGCCCGAUGAAAAAUCAAAUAAAGGGCGAAAAAAGAAUGACUGCCUCUGGCUUAAGGAAAAUUUCUUCACUUACAAAUCACAAGCAUUUGAUACAAAUUUAACAGUAUCAAACGAUAUAGAUUUUGAACAUUAUCAAUGGCUGCUGGAUGAAAAUCCGUGGGAUCUGAACGAGUCCCAUCGUGCAAUAUUGGUGCAGUUGAUUAUGCAAACUAGCUACCAAAAAGCAGUCAAGAGAGUGGAGGAGGCAAAGAAAGCAUACGACGAAAUAUGUCAGGACAUCGAAGAAAUCAGCAAACGAAGACAACUUCAAGUGUUGAAAAAGGCUAAAAUAGUUGGCAUGACUACCACGGGUGCAGCAUUGAAUCAGGAGUUAUUAAAAGCAUUAAAUCCAGCAAUUGUAUUUGUAGAAGAAGCAGCAGAGGUCUUGGAACCUCAGUUGUUAGCAGUGCUUGGUCCAAGUGUUCAGCAUCUUAUUCUAAUUGGUGAUCACUACCAACUGUCCCCAACUGUUGAAGUUUAUGAGCUUGAAAGAAGGCAUGGGUUUGCAAUCUCACUAUUUGAAAGACUUGUGGAGCAUAAUAAAUUGCCUUUUCAAGCACUAUCCUCACAGAGCCGAAUGAGGGAGGAGUUUGUGCCCAUGAUUUUACCCAUUUAUCCUAAUUUGCGGACCAACACUCAAUUUGUAUCAGGAGAGAGAAAUAAAGCACCUAUGUGCAUGUCAAGUUCAAUGUAUUUUUGGUCUCAUUCAUAUGGAGAAACUAAACAACGCAGUGUUGCAAAUGAAGGUGAAGCCAAAAUGGUGAUUGCCCUUGUUCGUUGGAUGAUAGCUGAAGGACAAAAUCCUGAUGAAAUAACUGUCCUUGCUUCAUAUAAUGGGCAGGUAACACUAUUACGAGAUAUGCUGAAGGUAAUACCUGCUAUUGAAGCUAUACAAAUCCUUACUAUAGACAGAUUUCAGGGGUCUGAGAAUCAAAUUAUCAUACUGUCAUUGGUUCGUUCUAAUGAUGAAGGGAGCAUUGGGCACCUAGCAAAGCGAAAUAGGUUGUGUGUAGCAGUUUCAAGAGCAAGGGGGGCAUUAUAUUUUUGUGGGAAUUAUAUGUCUUUGACAAAAAAGUCUGAACAUUGGAGAGAACUUCUUGAAUACUUGGCUCAUAAGAAUUGUGUAGGUGACAGAAUACAUCUCCGUUGUCCACGACAUCCACUUAGCCCACCCUUUGCAAUAUCUAGCAAACUUGUUGACAACUUCAAUCCUCUCCUGUGUAGAAGGACAUGCAAUAGUCAGCUAUCCUGUGGUCACUAUUGCCAAAGUACCUGCCACUAUGGGGAUCAUCCAAAAUGCAUUGAACCGGUACAGUUUACAUUCAGUAUUUGCAGACAUGAAAUAACAAAGAAGUGUUCAGAGGAUGGAGAAAUGAGAUCAUGUCAGCAGGAACUAAUGCACACAUUUGAUUCAUGUGGACACACAAUAUUUGUGAAGUGUUGGGAGAAAAUGAGGAAGGAGCUAAAAUGCAAUGAAUCAUGUCGUAAGGUUUUGACCUGUCAGCAUCCCUGCAUGCUAAAAUGCUUUGAAAACUGUGAAGCAAAAUCAUGUUCCACCUGUAUCGAAAUACAAAGAAUCAAUGCAGAAAAAGCAAAGCAACUUGAAGCACAGCAAGUCAAAAUGAAACUUCUAGAAAUAAAAGCAGAAAUCAAGAAAUUAGAGGAGUCUUCAGAUGGCCCAGAAAGAUUGGUAAUAGAUAUAAGUCCAACAGGAGACUCUGCAGCCGAUUACUUUCAGGUCAUGGACCGCACAGAAAAGUUCACUCAACCAGGGCAUGAUGUUGUACUUGUUGUAACAAGGAUUCAAAAAGUUUUUAACCCAAAAGUACAAAUUAAUUUCCUAAGAGCUCAACAGGAUCUCUUCGAACCAACAGGGUCAUCGCAGCUACUAUUUCAUGGGACGGAUAAUGCUGGUGUCGAAGGUAUAACACAGAACGGAUUUCGGUUGCCAGAAGCAAAUAGAAGGAAUAUGUUUGGACGAGGAUGUUAUUUUGCUACCGACUCAACAAAAAGUGCACAAAAUAUGUAUACAAAGGGUAGUAACAAACUCUUACUGUGUGAAGUUCUUCUUGGCCAUACAUGGACAGUACAAGAAGAUCAUCCAGAGAUGGAUAGAGAUCAAAUCAGAAGGAAGGGAUAUGAUUCUUUGUUUUCAAAGAGAGGUGGCAAGGGCACAGGAGGCACACUUUACGAUGAAUAUGUGAUAUAUAAUCCUCAUCAGGCAAUCCCUCGAUAUAUUGUGCACUAUAAAAAUCAGCAUGACCCACAGGCUCUGCAAGCACAUAAUUUCCAGAAUAACAUAACUCGGAUUGCAUACGAACCAUCCCUAACUUUUAACGGCGACAGUCCUGGAGAGUAUCAUUUCCGACAAGCUGAGUCUCAAUUCUAUAGAAUGUCUAGCAGACGUAACCAAAAGGUUAGGAAGGUAGAGCUCAUCUUCAAUAAAAUUCUACAAGAGAGUUACGACACCGCAAAGCAAGAGCUGAUGAAAAAUAACAGCAAAGUGCUGGAGAUGUUUGUAUUCCAUGGUACAGAUAAAAGUGCUAUUGAAAAAAUUGUACAAGAAGGAUUCAAGAUAGGGGGCAAAGGUGUCAGUGUGAGAAAUGGAGCUGUAUAUGGGACAGGUGUUUACACAGCACUAGAUCCUGACAUAUCAGUGGAUUAUAGCAGGGGCUCGGGGAUGAUGCUUCUAUCGCUUGCUCUGGUUGGCCAGGAAGGAAUUCAUUACAACAAAGGAGGCUCCGCUGAUGUCUAUGUUCUUCACAAUCCUGAAUAUUUACUUCCUAGAUAUAUUGUUCACUUUGCCAACAAUUAAGCAGGAUUGUUUCUCUCGAAUGAAACUUAGGUCUUACUUUGGACAUCAAAUUUUGUACUAUUUUUUAUAAACUUUAAUUGAGCAACAUUCUCUAUACA